AUGGAUUCGGGCGACGCGCAGUUUCUCUUCAAAGAGACCCGCUUGAACCUCGAGCCUCCGGCGGCAGCGUCGAUUGUCACGAUCCGCGUCCCAUCGCUGUCCGGCGGCGCCUCCUCACGCUCGAGUAGCAAGAACAACGAUGGCGCGGCCGAAGAUGAGACGGCGUUUCGCCGCAAGAACCUCGCGAGCGCGGCGUCCAUCUACCACCGCCGGUGGCACGACGCGCCGCGCAACUUUCUCUGGCGCGUGCUCGAGGACGGCCACCUGCUGAGCGUGCGCGCCGCCGACGUCUGCCGCCACAGCAAGGCCGCCGACGCCCCGCUCGUGCUCAACUUUCACUUUGCGGUGCCCGUUAAGCCGGGCUGCGUUGCCCUCGCUGACCCGCAGGAGCACGACGCGCUCUGCCUGUUUGUCCUCGACAGCUCGUCCCACCUUUACACAUUUACGCUGCGGCCCGACCUCUUCAGGAAGCGAACGGCAGUCGAUGCGGGCCUGUCGGACCUGGCCAAGGUACAGGCGCCAGCUGGGCUGGGCUUCAAGUACGCGCAUCGCAUGGUGGCCGUGUCGGCCAACACCCUGUUGGUGACGGUCAAUGAUGGUGGCAUGAUUCGUCUAGACAGAGGCCAGGCAGACGAUGGCGGCGUAUGGAAGGAAUCCUUCUUCAACGUGCAAGGAUGGAAACAAAAUCUCCGAAGCCUGCUUCCUUUUCAAGGCAACCACACUAUUCGAUAUGGCCGAACCAACAUGGAAUAUAGUGCUGCCACGGCGGUGCAGGUCACAUCGCUGGGGCUGGAUGGCUGCCUUUUUGCCAUUACCGUUUGUCUCGACCAUCGCAUCCGUAUAUGGAAUAUCCAGGACGGCCAAAUCUUGUUUACAGGAGACUUGCUUGGCGCUGAUAGAUCACCACAGGAGAUUGGGAAGUGGACUCUAGAUCCUUCUCAGGCCAACCUGGUACAGAUUGUCGGACGCAGCUCGGGUCAGAGAAUAUGCGCCACAUACUCGCCUAUUGGGCCAGGCGAAUUCAAGUUUUGGAAAGUCGUCGCCAAGGGACCUCAUUCGAUUACCUUUGAGGACCUUUUCCCUAAACUGACCCUUAUACCCGAGACCCCGUCGUCGUCAGACAUAUGGACUCUCGCUGACUUUGUGCUCACUUCGCCCGAGGAGGGCAAUAUAAGUCUCUGGACGUUGUGGAAAAAUAAUAUCACUUACCGAGUACAACGGCUAGACUUGGAUAGAACAAACAUGUCACAGGUCUGGCAACGGGGCUGGGAAGGUGUCCAUUCCGAUACGGGCUUGCUGACUGCCGAGACCUCUGGAUCUUGGGACCCCCAAGAUGUUACAGAAAAAUGGCUGCAACUAAUUCUGAAGCCAGGCAGAUUUACCAAAGCGACACUCGAGGUUGCACUUUGCAUCUACGAGCGCGGUCUUGGAAAAUACCCCGAGGCCAUCAAGGGACGUGGCCUGGCUGAAUCUAUCUGUUCUGUGCUUGGCGCAGCAGCAUCACUGGAAAGAGGUGCGAACGGUGCGAUGGACUAUGAGCAGUUCAGAUCAUCGAGCGAAAGCCAGUGGCGUCGCUUUUACAGACUGCUCAUUGAACUGGACAAGCAACGAGGCGAGGCGAUUAGCCUGGCAUUUGAUCCCGAAUCCGACAUUGCCUGGGUUGUCUGCGCCGAUCUUGUGUCGGCCAUCAGAGAGUGCAGCGACUUGGAGCGCAUAUACCACAACCUCCACACUCCCGAGCAGGGCAGACAGCACGAGGCAGCACUCAUCAACUCGGCGCUGACAUUUGUCGACGGAUUCUCAGACAGCUAUCUACAGCUCUGCAACGCAGCUCUACGGCCAGAAUUAUUCGAACAGUCGCAAAAGACGGACCUGGAGCGCAUUCAGUUCUUUUCCGACAAGGCUGGAUUCUGGCGAGGGAUUACGGACGAUGACUGCACACAAAUUGUCGACGUUCUUGGUCCAAACUUUAACAUGGUGACAGACGAACUGUACAAUGAAGUCCUUGCUCUAGUCGCAAGUCCUGCUGGAUUCAGGGGCCGAAAGCUCAAUACUCCAGUCACCGAAUUUGGACGAAAGCUCCUGAUGGCUGCCACACAAGAUUGCUUGGCGCUACUAUGGAAUGUGUGCUUCAGUCAACUCAUUCUCCUUACUCAUAUGGAGUUUGAGUUUGAUAACGAGGAAGACGCCCUUCACCACCGUGUCGAUGUUGGAAACGUGUUUCGAAGCCUGGUAGCUGCCCUGCGUCGGCUGGAGCUGCUCAGAAGUCUGUCUCAAACUGAGCUUGCUGUGCCACUGUCCAGGCCAGGAUGGGGCAUGUUGCCCAAGAAGAGCGGGGAUGACACGCAAGUCGUGACGGCCCUUGAAGCUAAUGUUGGCCACUUGCUCGGCUUUGACGGCAAGAAUGAAGAUCUUAGCAAGAGUAUCACUGAGAUUGUGGCCGCUCUCUGCGCCUCGGAUAGCGAUAUUGAAGUAUCGCCAGCUCUGAUUCAGUGCUCGCUCAUCAAGAGGCACCGAGCGGAUCUAGCCGACGCCCUUGGCAGAUUCUGCAGCCAAGAUUCGUUUUCGGUAUAUGUCCAAGGUCGUGUCAGUCUGGCCUUGAAGGACUAUAGCAACGCGGCACACCUCUUCAGGAAGGCUGCCAUCGGAAUGAGUACCGAAGCAGUCCAGCUUGACCGCCACAGCAGUGGCUUGCUUGACGAGACAGAGUGGGCAAUGUUUAACAGCGGCCUGCCUCGCUACUACUCACAUAUUGUCGCGCUCUUCGAUAGCCACAAGGCGUACUCCUACGUCAUUGAGUUUGCGCGUCUGGCCAUGCAGUUUACAUCAGCGCGCCCUGAUCGUGGCUCGGUCAAAGCCGAGAUGCUGACUCGUCAAUUCAGCGCUGCGCUCGCCACUUGCCAGUUUGAGCUCGCCCACACGACCCUUCUCUCCAUUGAGGACCGGGCACUCCGCUCAUCCAGCUUGCGCCUCCUCGUGGACAAGAUGUGCGAGACUGGCCACAACAGCGAGCUUGUGGCGCUUCCCUUUCCAGGCUUGCAGCAAGACGUCGACGAUUUCCUGGCCAAGCGCUGCCGCAACGCUGCCGACGUGGUGCACGGCGGCGCGCACUAUCACCAAGUGCUGUACGCGUGGCGCAUCAAGCGUCAGAAUAUGCGCGGCGCAGCGUGGGUGCUCCUCGACCGCAUCCAGAAGCUGAAGCUCGCGGGCGAGGCUGACAAAAUCACUGGUGAUGAUGUGCUCGAUACGCCUGUCACGAGGCAGUACCUGCUGCUGAUCAACGCCCUGAGCUGCGUCGAGCCCAAGCAGGCGUGGGUCUUUGACGAGGCUGUAGACAACGCCACAGGGCUACCGAAGAAGCGCACGGUCGUUUCGCUUGCCGACGUGCGCAAGCAAUACCAGGACGAGCUGGACAGGAUCGCAGCCAUUCAGAAUAAUCAGUUUGGAUUUUCAGCAGAUGAUGUGAUGGAUCUUGCAUGA